CGUUUCAAUCCGUUCCAGUCUCUCUGCCCUGCUGUCGGACUUGCGGAGUAACGCUGUGACCUGGUCUCUCUCUCUCUGGCUGAGUCUCUGUCUGCUGCCUGCGCUGCGUUUUAACAACUUUCCUUCACUACAUAAUCUCUCCUGGAAAUACUUUCACACAGAUCCCUAAAUCCAGCAGUGGAAACAUGCUGAUCCUUCUCUGUGGCAUCGUAUUCCUGCACGUUGCAGUUCUGGUACUGCUCUUCGUCUCCACUAUAGUCAGUGCCUGGACUGUAACUGCUACCAGUAGCUCAGACCUCUGGGUAAACUGCUCCACAUCCAAUGGAAUGAACUGCCAGCCCGGGGACACUGGAGUAUGGAUUCAGGCAGUGCAGGCUCUCAUGAUCCUGUCCAUCAUCUUCAGCUUCCUGUCGCUCUUCCUGUUUUUCUGCCAGCUCUUCACUCUGCAGAAGGGUGGACGCUUCUUCCUCACUGGAGCCUUCCAAAUCUUUGCCAGUCUGUUCGUCAUGUGCGGCGCGAUCAUCUACACGGUGAUGAAUCACACAUGGGUUCCCCCGAAUGAAUCAUAUGGUUUUGCCUACAUCCUGGCCUGGGUGGCUUUUCCUCUGGCGCUCAUCAGUGGCUUAAUCUACGUCAUCUUGAGGAAACGGGAAUGAACAGGGCACCCCGUUGAGGCUCGACCUCCAGACAUCGAAGAUCAUCUAAAAGUGCAUACCGCAUCUGCAGACAAGUUUAAACAGCCCAUAUCUUACAAUAUAAUAUAACUGUACAAUAUCGUACAAAAAUCACCACCAUGAAAAAGACAUAUAACAACCAAUGCGGUCAUUGUUUGAAGAUGUAUAUAGUAUCUAUGGUUUAAAACCUAUUUAUAACACUUUUUACAUAUAUGUACAUAGUAUUGUUGUGUGUGUUGACAAAGAGCUUUUUUUUUUUGUUUGUUUUGUUUUUUCGCUAAUUAAGUGCCUAAAAUGUGUGUUUUGUCAGAGGCAAUUGCAUUAUUAGCCAUAUUGUGUGUUUUUAUUUUUCUUACACUGCCAAAAACAGUUAUAAAAAAAGUCAUUUGAAGUAUUUUAACAAAAGAGCAUGUAUUAAAAAAUAGCGAUACACUAUAGUGAAAUGAAACAGCUUUAGAAAUUUAGAGAUGUGGUAACACUUACUGAAAACUUAUGCUAAGCUAGAUACAAAAGUUGACCAUUUUUUGCUUUUAAGAGGACAUUAAUUUCUUUUUUUUAUUAUUUUUAUUCGACAAAAUGGUGCUAUGUAUUUACCAUUCCUAUAGCCAUUUUGAUUUUAUCUAGUCAGACAGAAGCGAAUGCCUGCGAGUAGACAUGACAGCUCUGUAUACUUACUUCUGUACAUACAGUACUUACCAAAUAGACUCAUUUUAUAAUAAAUUGUGUUGGAAAUAACGCAAGACUUGAGUAUUAGCUAAGCAAAUGGCUUUGAAAGGCCACAGACGUAGAAAUUUUAGCGAUACUGUAACAGCUAAGAGGGCAUUAUAUUACCAAAUGCCAUCAGGAAGGUGUGAACUGCCCGGUAUGUGAGUGUAUCUGUGUUGUGUGUCUUCAGCUAGCUAAAAAAAAAUGCACUAGCGUUAAAACACAUAUUUACGCAAGCUACUUGUGAUUGAAGGGAAUCUUACCGGCAUUUUGCAUGGAUUUAAACACCAGACUUAGAUAUUUUCUGGUAGUGGAUGUACCAGAAUUUUUGCAUUCGUUGCAAUGUUGUGCUGAUACUUGAAAUGUGACAUGCUGACUAUGUCCGCUAUUGUGAAAAAAACAAAAAACAAAAAAACGUCUCCACCUUGAACGCAGUGUUUCAUUGGACGUCAUGUGGUUCUUUACAAAUACAUCACUUGCAAACUCAUGAUCUGUAUGCAACUCACACUGAGGACCAUGUAGGAAAAAAAACUAUAGGAGAAUCCCUAUGCACUGAAACCAACAAUAAAUUACCAUUAACGCAA